AUGAACUACUUGACUUCUUGGCGACUUCCACGGCCCUGCACAAGAAAGGCAACUAUCGAAGGGGGCGCCGCGGACGGGCAAAAGAAGAACGCACAGAUGCAUGUCGAGGGCGAGCGCGAUGAGCCUGAGACGGCGACGAGCAUAAACAGCGCAUCCUUCCUCACCCAUCCGUCACGAUGGGCUAUGACCCUGACAGCUGCACGGGCGUCGCUGGGAAACCAAGUGCUCCCCCUCGCUGUGAAGAUGCCUGCAACCUGUGUAGAUCUUUACGAGUGGCUGGCUGUAAAGACGUUUGACGUUUUCAAUGAAGUUCAGUUGGUGUGGAGCUUCGUUAAAGACCAAUGCCACUGCCGGGGCUUCACAGCCGGAGAACGCGUGCUCCCUGGAGCGCCGGGCGGCCUCGCCAACUAUGCGAAGGAGUCUGUGCAUCAGAUUUGCGUCGGCCUCAGGAGCGUCCUGCAGGAUCCGACGAUCUUCGUUAUCGAGCCAGGGGUGCCGUUCCCAGCGGAUUUCCCGCAGCACGUCAGCUGCAUCUUGAGUCAGCUCAUGCAGGUCUACUGUCAUAUCUACCGCCAGCAUUUCGAGUUCUUGGUGGAAACGGACACAGUUGCGUAUGUCAACUGCUGCUUUAAGCACGCCCUGCUCUUCGGCAACGAGUUUCAGCUGAUCACCGAGCGGGAUGUCGCUCCUGUCGCAAAUCUCGUGAAGAUCUUCCUCGGCCAAGCGCAGCAGGAGCGUCACACCUCCAGGGGUGCGGGAAACUGCGUCCCUUCUGUGGAGGGGAAAGCACGAGACAGGGGCCCCCAGUGCGCGGCCUUUUCUCCACAUCGCCACCACUCUGUCCGCGGAAAGGGCGAACUGGAGCUUCCUGAAAGCCAGACCACGACAUGUGCAGACGGAAGCAGCGAUAAAAGCCCGAGGAGCUCAGAAGCUAGUUUCUAG